AUGAUAAGUGACCUAUUCUCUUCGUUGGACUGCGGUCAAUUAGGAAGUAUUUCUUUUCUAUUAUGACUAACACCAAUUAUAGUAGCUUCUAUGUUUUUUGUUUCAUCUAGCUGAAAAGCUCAACCUUCAGGAAUUUUAAUACUUUUAAUUGCCACUAAUAGAGAAACACGAGCAAAAGCUCUUCUCCCAUUACCUUUAUUUUUAUUUUCUUUAAUGUUCUUUUUAGUAAUAAUAAACUUAAUCGGGUUAGUUCCAUUUGUUUAUGGAGUAACUAGAAACUUGUGAAUUACAUCAUCAUUGGCUGUGGUAAUAUGAGGACUAUUAAUUUUAAGAGGAUGAACUAUAAGUCCUGUAGCUUCGGCUGCACAUUUAGCACCAGCAGGAGCUCCUGCUGCUUUAGUACCUUUCCUUGUUCUAGUGGAAACUAUUAGUAUUAUAAUUCGUCCUUUAACAUUAACAGUACGAUUAAUUGCUAAUAUUAGAGCAGGACAUAUUGUAAUAUCUUUAAUCGCGAAUUGUUUAGUAAGAGCUUCAACAACAGCUUUAGUAUCUAUGUUUGUUUUAAAUGUAGGUUAUACUUUAUUCGAAGUGUUUGUUUGUUUAAUUCAGGCUUAUAUUUUUACUUUACUAGUAAAAUUAUAUGCUGAGGAACAUCCAGAUCUUUAA